AUGCUUCCCAGACGGCGGCGGGGGCGGGUGGAGGACCCGGGGAGCAGCUCCUCCGCCGUGCGCUUCCCCGGCGUCGCCAUCUACUUGGUGGAGCCGCGAAUGGGCCGCAGCCGCCGGGCCUUCCUCACUCGCCUGGCGCGGUCCAAGGGCUUCCGCGUGCUGGACGCCUACAGCUCCGCAGUGACUCACGUGGUGAUGGAGCAGACGUCCGCCGAGGAGGCCACCUGCUGGCAGGAGAGCCGGGCGACCCCUGUGCCAGGCUGCCCCCGCCCGGCGCUGCUGGACAUCGUCUGGUUCACGGAGAGCAUGGCAGCAGGGCAGCCGGUCCCCGUGGAGGGCCGGCACCGCCUGGAGGAAGCUGUGCCCAGGGAGGGCCCGCCCAGCCCAGUGAGGAUGCCACCCUACGCCUGCCAGCGCCCCACGCCCCUCACACACCACAACGCCAGCCUCUCGGAGGCUCUGGAGGUGCUGGCGGAGGCAGCGGGGUUCGAAGGGAGGGAGGGCCGCCUCCUCGCCUUCCGCAGGGCGGCCGCAGUGCUCAAGGCGUUGCCCUGCCGGGUCUCAGCCCUGCGCCAGCUGCAGGGCCUGCCCCACUUUGGAGAACAUUCCCGCAGGGUUGUCCAGGAGCUGCUGGAGCAUGGAGCGUGUGAGGAGGUGGAGAAAGUCCGGCUCUCAGAGCGGUACCGGAGCAUGAAGCUCUUCACCCAGGUCUUUGGGGUCGGAGUAAGGACUGCUGACCGCUGGUACCAGGAAGGGCUGCGGACACUGGACGACGUCCGGGAGCAGGUGCAGAGACUGACCGAGCAGCAGAAAGCAGGACUCCAGCACCACCGGGACCUGGGCACGCCGGUCCAGCGGCCCGAGGCGGAGGCCCUGCAGCAGGCGGUGGAGGCGGCCGUGGGGCUGGCCCUUCCUGGGGCCACCGUCACACUGGCUGGUGGCUUCCGGAGGGGGAAGUUGCAGGGCCACGACGUGGACUUGCUCAUCACCCACCCCCAGGAGGGCCAGGAGGCGGGGCUGCUGCCCAGAGUGAUGCGCUGCCUGAAGGAGCAGGGCCUUGUCCUGUACCACCAGCACCAGCGCCCCCACAGCGGAGACCCUGCCCGCUGGACCCGACGGAGUCACACCAUGGACACCUACGAGCGGAGCUUCUGCAUUUUCCGCCUGCCCAGACCCCCAGGGGCUGCCGGGAAGGCUGUGCGCGUGGACCUGGUGGUCGUGCCCAUCAGCCAGUUCCCCUUUGCUCUGCUCGGCUGGACCGGCUCCAAGCACUUUGAGCGGGAGCUUCGCCAGUUCAGCCGGAAGGAGAGGGGGCUGUGGCUGAACAGCCAUGGGCUGUUUGACCCCGAGCAGAAGACGUUUUUCUGUGUGGACGCAGAGGAAGACAUCUUCAGGCACCUGGGCCUUGCAUACCUUCCCCCGGAGCAGAGAAACGCGUGACCCCUGUUGGCCGUGUGUCAGCCAGCCAGACCCACAGAUGCCCUUGGCCGCCGACCAUCCGCGGGCCAAA